GUCGCCCGCUCUCCCGGCGCGGGAGGAGGCGCCCUCGCCAUGGCCACCAGCACCACGGGCUCUACGCUGCUGCAGCCCCUCAGCAACGCCGUGCGGCUGCCCGUCGACCAGGUCAACUUUGUAGUGUGCCAACUGUUUGCCUUGCUUGCGGCUAUUUGGUUUCGAACAUACCUUCAUUCAAGCAAAACUAGCCCAUUUAUAAGACAUGUUGUUGCAACCCUCUUGGGCCUUUAUCUUGCACUUUUUUGUUUUGGAUGGUAUGCCUUACAUUUUGUUAUACAAAGUGGAAUUUCCUACUACAUCAUGAUCAUAAUAGGAGUGGAAAAUAUGCACAAGUAUUGCUUUGUUUUUGCUUUGGGAUACCUCACUGUGUGCCAAAUUACUAGAGUCUAUAUCUUUGAUUACGGACAGUAUUCUGCUGAUUUUUCUGGUCCAAUGAUGAUAAUUACGCAGAAGAUCACUAGUUUGGCAUUUGAGAUUCAUGAUGGAAUGUUUCGGAAAAAUGAAGAUUUGACUCCGUCACAAAGGUGCUUGGCCGUAAGACGCAUGCCAAGUCUACUGGAGUAUUUAAGUUACAACUGUAAUUUCAUGGGUAUCCUGGCAGGCCCGUUAUGCUCUUACAAAGACUAUAUUACUUUCAUUGAAGGCAGAUCAUACCAACUGCAACAGUCCGAAGCAAAUGGGAAGGAAGAUACAAAAUAUGAACAAACGGAUCCUUCUCCAAAUAUAGCCGUGGCACAGAAACUCUUAAUCUGUGGACUAUCCUUACUCUUCCACAUGACUAUUACAAAAACUUUGCCUGUGGAAUACAACAUUGAUGAUAACUUCAGAGCUACAGCAUCAUGGCCUGUAAGGUUUUUCUACCUAUAUGUGUCUCUUAUGGCUGCCAGACCCAAGUAUUAUUUUGCAUGGACAUUAGCAGAUGCAAUUAAUAAUGCAGCAGGGUUUGGUUUUAGAGGCUAUGAUAAAAAUGGAGUUACACGUUGGGAUCUAAUAUCAAAUCUGAGAAUCCAGCAAAUAGAGUUUUCCACAAGUUUCAAGAUGUUUCUUGAUAACUGGAAUAUCCAAACAGCUCUUUGGCUUAAAAGAGUGUGCUAUGAGCGAGCCACCUUCAGCCCAACGAUCCAAACCUUCAUCCUUUCUGCCAUCUGGCAUGGGGUUUACCCAGGAUAUUAUUUGACAUUUUUAACAGGAGUACUAAUGACACUAGCAGCACGAGCUAUAAGAAACAAUAUCAGACACUAUUUUGUUGAAUCUCCUGCUGUUAAACUAUGUUAUGAUAUUAUAACGUGGAUGGCAACUCAAGUAGCAAUAAGUUACACAGUCGUGCCAUUUGUACUGCUCUCUGUAAAACCCUCUUUCACCUUUUACAGCUCCUGCUAUUUCUGUCUUCAUAUUGCCAGCAUCCUGGUGUUGUUGGUAUUUCCACUGAAAAGAACUCAAAAAGGAAGUAAAAAGCAUGAAAGUGUCCAGCCCGUGUGGUCCAAAAAACUAGAAGAAGAAAAUCUUUUGCAAAAUAACAGUUAUUCCACAACAAAUAAUAGUUUCAGUCAGAAACAAGAAAUAACCUGCAGAUAUCAAGCAUUAAAACAGUGAUUGAGGAAAUACUAUGAUGAAUAUAUUUUGUAUGUUUUCAGAAACCCAUUUUUAGCACCUUUUAAAGGGGUUUGUAUUUGUUUGCAAAGAUGUUUAGUAAGAAAAGAAUGCAUUACUUAGGAAAUCACAUACAAUAGCAAGACUGGAAACAAAACAAAUUAACCCCUCCCAUGCCAUGUCCCUGUGGGUCACGCCUUAUAUGAAGAUACUACCAUUAUUUCAAUGGGCACUCAGGACUUGCAGCGUAUGUCCAUAGGGUCAUAUGUGUGCCCUUUGCUGAAUGUACGUUGUGUAUCCCAAGGCACUGAUGGGGUGGAAUAACAUUGUGUCAAUCUAGGAUUAACAAAUGGAAAUUAAUUUUUCCAAAUGAAUGACUUGCCUUAAACCCUCUAUUUACUGAAAUAUUGUUUCUAAGUGGGUAUUUUCAAAUUUGAUUUUAUGUGGAAAGCAUAUUUCAAAUAUAUAAUACUAUGUGCUAUAAAGAAGAUAAAAAUAGGAAAUGCAAAGUCAUUAGAAGGCUUUUGAAUCUUUAAAAGGGAAUUGCAAUAAGCAUCUCAGUAUUUGGAGGGUUUUCUUAAAGUAUCUCAAACUAUUACAGUACAUUACAGAACUGUAAACAUUACUGAUGCCAAAUUAUAGUUAGGUUUCUUUGAUAAAGAGUAUCAUUACACAUAGCCCUUCUGAAUGGAUUAAAAAAAACCAAAACACCUGAAGGUUCACC